UCUAGUUGUGGAGAACCCACACUCCAGGAUAGAGCUCUCUGCCUUCUAUGCUUGUCCAGGGCAGUCUGCCAAGUGAGUCCUGCUGUGGCUGUCACCCUUUCCAACACACCUCCCCUUGGACAGCCCAGGACUGCUGAUCUGGAGUUGGACAUUGACUGUUCUUGCCUAUUCUUUGCUACGUCAGCAACGCCCACUGGAAGAGUGACCUUGUAGACUACAGAUCCUUUGAAAACUCUCCUCUCCUGUUCCCUCUGAGAGCUUGGUUAAAACCAUCAGUCCCACGACCUGAGUGCAAGCCUUUCCGAACCUGCUGCCAAGAGCUAGAGAUCUCACUCACUGAAGGCCAGCAUGGCAGCUGUGAUCCCGGAGAACAAAGUCCUGAGCAGAAAAUUUUCAGACUUUGGGCAGGAAACAAGUUAUAUCGAAGACUACUCCAAUCAAAAUGGUGCUGUGUCACUGAUAUUCUCACUCAAGGAAGAAGUUGGUGCCCUAGCCAAGGUCCUGCGCUUAUUUGAGGAGAAUGAUAUCAACCUGACACACAUUGAAUCCCGACCUUCUCGUUUAAACAAAGAUGAGUAUGAGUUUUUCACCUAUCUGGAUAAACGUAGCAUGCCUGCUCUGAGCAGCAUCAUCAAGAGCCUGAGGCAUGACAUCGGUGCUACUGUCCACGAGCUUUCCAGAGACAAGGAAAAGAACACAGUGCCCUGGUUCCCGAGGACCAUUCAAGAGCUGGACAGAUUCGCCAACCAGAUUCUGAGCUAUGGAGCCGAACUGGACGCAGACCACCCAGGCUUUAAAGAUCCUGUGUACCGGGCGAGACGAAAGCAGUUUGCUGACAUUGCCUACAACUACCGCCAUGGGCAGCCCAUCCCUCGGGUGGAGUACACAGAGGAGGAGAAGAAGACCUGGGGGACGGUGUUCAGGACGCUGAAGUCCCUGUACAAAACACACGCCUGCUAUGAGUACAACCACAUUUUCCCACUUCUGGAAAAGUACUGCGGUUUCCGCGAAGACAACAUUCCCCAGCUGGAGGACGUUUCCCAGUUUCUGCAGACUUGUACUGGAUUCCGCCUCCGACCUGUUGCUGGCUUACUGUCAUCUCGAGAUUUCUUGGGUGGCCUGGCCUUCCGAGUCUUCCAUUGCACACAGUACAUUAGGCAUGGAUCUAAGCCCAUGUACACGCCUGAGCCUGACAUCUGCCAUGAACUCUUGGGACAUGUGCCCUUGUUUUCAGAUCGCAGCUUUGCCCAGUUUUCUCAGGAAUUUGGGCUCGCUUCGCUGGGAGCACCUGAUGAGUACAUUGAGAAACUGGCCACGAUUUACUGGUUUACUGUGGAGUUUGGGCUCUGCAAGGAAGGGGAUUCUAUAAAGGCAUAUGGCGCUGGGCUCCUGUCAUCCUUUGGAGAGUUACAGUACUGUUUAUCAGACAAGCCGAAGCUCCUGCCCCUGGAGCUAGAGAAGACAGCCUGCCAGGAAUACACUGUCACAGAGUUCCAGCCCCUGUACUACGUGGCAGAGAGUUUCAACGAUGCCAAGGAGAAAGUGAGGGCUUUUGCCGCCACUAUCCCGCGGCCCUUCUCAGUUCGCUAUGACCCCUACACUCAGAGGGUUGAGGUCCUGGACAACACUCAGCAGCUGAAGAUUUUGGCUGACUCCAUCAAUAGUGAGGUUGGAAUUCUUUGCAAUGCCCUUCAGAAGAUAAAGUCAUGAAGAGAAAAUGACGUCAUGGCAGAGUUUGGGAGGCCAACCAACAAUCUGCUGAUGGAGAUAUAAUAACUGCUUCUUUUCUUUGAAAACAAAAACUUUAAUUUGAAAUGUCAGCUUUCAUUACUUUUCUUAAUAUAGUGGGGCAGCACCAAAUAAAUCAAAAUUCUCUGAAGUAAAAGUAUAUUAACUUCCCCCUGCACCUAGUAGUAGAUCUUUCAGAGUUUUGUUUGAUUAGAUAUCUUAUACUUUCAGUUUAGUUAAAAUGUAAUUUCUCGCCUCUCAUUAACAUUAAUCAAUUUUAUGACCCCUAUCAUUCAGGCUUCAUUGACUUGUUUUCACUUUACACAUAGCCCUAAUACAAUAUAUAUGACUAAGUGUAAAACAUAAGGUUGUCAUCAGGGAUGAAUUGUUCGGUUCAGUACAGAUUUUAAUCUGCCAAGCUUCACUUCUAUAUUCAUUCAUUAUGGCUCUGUGAACUGCUUUCCUGUCCUGCCUAUGUAAAUCUCCUACAGUUUGAGUCUCUAUCAAGAUACUUACAAGGAAUAAAGUUUUAGAGCAUUAUAUAAAA